CUCGGACGGAGCGCCACGCGAGUCGAUUCACGGGUGCCGGUCUUCCGAUCGAUUCGAACCCAUCGAUAGGGGAGUCCUCGGCGAGACUCGACCGAAGAGGGAACCCCAUGAAGGUGAACUCCGAGUGACCGCUUACAGUCUCCACACCUCUGCGAGGAAACACAUGGUCCGGUGAUUCCGAAGAUGACCAUGACUGCGUUUCACCUUGGCUCCGUCCUUUCCUUCCUCCUGAUAUUUCUCGCCGCUUUUCACCGAGGGGAAGCGAUCAUCUGUUAUCAGUGCAACAGCGCGUACGACCCCAGGUGCGGCGACCCCUUCGACCCGUACAGUCUGGGGACCGUCAACUGCAGCAUCCAGACCCGACCGGAGCACCUCAGCCACAUGGAACCCGUCCUCUGUCGGAAGAUGAGCCAAAAAGUGUACGGGAAGGUGAGAGUCGUCAGGGGAUGCGGAUUCAUAACCGACGAGAGGGACAACGGGGAAUGUCUGCUGAGGACCGGUACCCACGACGUGAAAGCUCGUUACUGCGCUUGCACGGGUGACCUUUGCAACGUCGGGAGCCACACGUCACCGAUAAUCGGUGCGAUAGCAACAUCGAUCCUAUUCCUGGCGUGGAACGCGAUUUAGAGUGCCGAGGCCCGUCCAGAUCUAGGAAUUCACGGGAUCCGGGAGACCCGUACCGAGUUCCUACGAGAAGAGCGCGAUAUCCUGUAGGAGAAGCUGCGACUCGUCGAGCCCAGGUCGCUCGCCUAGAAUAGGGAGAACUAGAGAUAUCCGAAGUCGGCCUCGUUUUCGGAGGAUCAGCGAGAUCGUCCGCGACACCGAGGGAUCCGGAAUCCCGGGGGAAACGCUCGCGAGUACAUCCGGAGAUCCCGAAGAAGACUCGGUGUACGCUUCGCGAGCAGCCGGGCUAUCGAGAAGGUCGAGAUUAAAAAGCCGUCUUCGUCCUCGUGGGAAGUCGCCCGUCGUCGAGGAAGCACGAUCCUCGGGGUAGAUGGCACCCGGAAAGAGGAAGAAGUCUAUGGAAUUGAUCCGGAUCUCGAGUGCCCGAGAUUAGGGUAUACCGGUGAGGGGGGACACCAUUCGAAGACGAAAGGGAGCGGGUCAAAUCGCGGGGGGAAUUAUAUCGAGUAGUCAUACAAACUGCCAGACACUAGUACUUAGAACUUUUGCAAUACCUAGGAAAUAUAGGGUAGAUAUAACAAGGUAGAGGAGGUGUCGAGCCCGAUCUAACUAGCGAGUUACGUCCCUCGUCGAUGCGAUCGUCGCAGCAGGCGUAGAUUUUUGCGCGGAGCGUAGGCGGCCGAGAUUAUUAAAAAUUACGCGAUGUCGCUUCAAAUCGGUCUACUGCACGAUGCUCUCUUACAGCGUACAAUGAUUAGCUGGCCGAUGCUACGUAGAUUCGUCUCCUCGAGCCUCGUGGCUCGUUCCAGGGUUUAGUCAGUUUUCGCGAACGCGGUCGAUCGAAUCUGCAAUGAGCUGUCCUCCUCUCGGCACCUCCGGCAACUCGGAACUGCGGAACUGGGUUUAUGGGUUUUUGGACCGACUAGGUUUCUACCAUACGAUGCAGUUCCUCCAACGAAUCGUAGGGCAUUUUCCGAAAACGGUUACGGUAGCUGGACUUUACGGAAGAAAUGGAAAUCAUUUGAGAAGUCGUUUCCCUCGUAACCGUGGGGUAACUGGGAAGGAACGGAUCUAUCGGUCGACCGGUUCGAGAGCUGGUUGGUCGAAAAAUUUGCCUUGGAUUCUGCUAGGAGAAAUAAUCGCAUUAGGUAGAGUAACGAUCAAGGAGGUACGGAGUAUUGAAUUUAAACGCGAACGGUAGAUCGCUUACCGGAAGUCAUCUCAGGGUCGAUAGGAGCUAUGACGUGCAUAAUGACAUUUUUCCUUAACGAACGUGUGAUAUUCGCCUAUCGUUGAAGCAAGGGUGUCUCUCGAUUCUCUAGGGAAGGAGUCCUUCGCAUGCGGAACACUCCGGAGCACAUUUGCAAUUAGUGAUGCAGCUACUCGACAGAAAGUUGUCUAUGGAACUUGGUGGAAAAUAAGCAAAUCCCUUAAAAAAAAAAAAUAGAAAUGAAAAUGCUCCGAAUCGUGCUUGCUCUUUGCCUUGCUUGUUUUUAACUGUGUUUUAUAGACUGCUUUCGACGAGAUCCGUGUAUCGCUACUUGCGACGGUAGCCGAGAAAUUUCUCUGAGAUUAUCGCGAAUCGUGGAUGAGACCGUCUUCGUCCACUUUAGCUUCAGAUAUGCCGCUCCGAUCAGAGAUUCGACGCACGGAGCUUAAAGUUUAUUGUUAACCGUUGGCUCGCAUUCUUUUGAUACAUAUUUAGUUGAUACGCUGGGUACAGCACUUGCACUCGAGGUCGGUAAAAUUCAUAGUUUCGAUUCAAAUGCAUUUGCCAUCGAGAUCAAUCGCAGUUUACUAUCAUCGGAAAACGAAGUCGUAGGUGGAUCAGAAAUCCUCAAGAGAAAUACAUAUCAGAAUUUCUAUACAAAUCUACCGAUGUUUGUAUUUACACGUGCAUAUCAUACCCCUCCCCGAUCGUAAUUAAUUUAUAUGAAAUUAUGCAAACGGAUCUACAUUAUAAACUCUAUCAGAACGUUAUUUCAUUCUACGUUAACAAAUUGUUUCGUUGGGACGAGUUUUAUUUACUUCGAUCGUAACAACCGUUCAAAUGGAAAAUCAACUUUCCGAAGAGAUUUAUUAAACGGCUCCUGACGAUAUAAAAAAAUUUCUUAAGUCAUCAAUGUAAGGGUAACUAUCAUUGAAAGUCAUACCCGACCGGCCAAAGUGUUAACAAUAAGAUCGUACUUUCUGUUGUAUCAAGAGAAUGUUCAAGUCAAGAUUUAUGAAUUUAUUUAUAAUACUUAUUGUCAAGCGAUAUAUAUAUAUAUAUAUAUUAUACACACAGAUACACCUUGUAUAGAGACUAUUGUAUCAAUAAAGUGUUAAGUGGUUACCAAAAACGCAAUCGAAA